GAGAUUAGGACGAGAGUUUAAAUUGAUUUGAGGAAACAAGAUAUAAGUAGUUGGCAAGUCAACUUUCAAAAGUACUUAGAAUGGUUUUGUCUUCACCUUGACACAAUGGUAAUCAAGUUUAUAAUUUGCUGUAAAAGCAAAGAAACCAAACCGAUUCUAGCCAACAACCCAACAUUACCAAUACAAUACCUUCUUCUCUAUCUUUUUGUUCCUCCAUGGAUAUAGACGAGACGAUGGAAGGAAAUAAUCAUGUCGACACUUCUCGUCCUUUUAGCUCGGUUAAAGAAGCUGUUGCCAUAUUUGGCCAACGGAUUGUGCUACCGACACAAACUCAGACCUUAAACUCUAACCUGGCAAGUCCUAUUGCUACUCGUAGCAUCAGCCUGGCUGAUAAACCAAGAACUCCUAUUGCUAGUCCAAGCUUCAGCCAGACUGCUAUGUUGGUAAGUCCUAUUGCUAGUCCAAGUAUCAGCCAGACAGCUUCUUUGCCAUCUUCUCCAUGGAAGCAACGCUCUUUGUUGCCUUCUUCUCCUCAAGGUCCAAAAGAAGAGAUCAUGGAUGUUUUGAAGAAGCUUGAAGCUGAGAUAACGGAAACGAAGACAGAGGUGAAGAUGUUGAAAGAGAGGGAGUCAGAGACAGAGGUGGCUUUGGCUACUUUAAACGCCGAGCUACAUAAGAAUAUGUCAAAGAUGGCGAAAGCAGAGGCUGAUGCAGCUGGGAAAAGCGCGGCAGCCAUAGCCAAAUCAGUGAGCUUCAAGGAAACAAAAGAGAAAGAAAGCGGAGAGGAAGAGAGGAGGAAAGAGCUGACGAGGAGGAUACAGAAAGAGUAUCCUUCAUUGGCUCAGAUUCUUGAAAGUAACAAAGGAGACAGAGAUGGGUAUUUUGCAAAGACUACAAAGAAGAAGAAGAAGAAGAAACCUAUCAUUCCUCUUGUGGGAAAUUUCUUCCUCUGCAAGAAGAAAGGAUCAUCAACUGAAAUAUCGGGACCUUUUUACACAACCUCUUCCACCCUGCACUUUUAGCUGAAACACCCAAAAUCCAGAGAAAAGUUAUGUACUCUGCAACUGUAUAUAUAUGAAUGUAUGCAAUGAAAAACCAUAUCUACGUGUUUGCCUGUACGUGUGUCUGUGUGUGUUUGAGUGUGUGUGUCUGUGUGUGUUUGUGUAUUCUUUAUUUGUUUGGAUUUUGAGUGCAAAGCAUCAGCGUCUGUUCCCCAUCCCCCUCUUAUAUUACAAAACUAUUACACUAUCAAUCUAAUUAUACCACUAAUUAAAUACU